AUGAAAAACUUUUCGGUGGAAGUGGGACCCAAUUCCCAACCCAACGGUGGACGUAUUCGACGUGCUAUCUACUCACCUGAAGAGCUGGUACGCAUUCCUCAUACGGAUGUGCACACGCUCUAUGACGUGUUGCAGUACAGUGUGAAGCGUUUCGGUGAAAAGCGUGCAUUUGGCUUUCGCAAGGUGGAACAAAUCAUUGAAGAGGAAAAGGAAGUGGUCAAGUACGUGAAUGGUGUGGAGCAAAAGAGCACCAAGACAUGGAAAUAUUUCCAGUUGUCUGGCUAUCAUUAUCUCAGCUACAAGUCGGCGUCACAACUUGCACAUGAGCUUGGAUCUGGUUUUGUUCAUUUGGGUUUGAGUGAUCGUGCCAAGGUGGAGCUCUUUGCCCCAACAAAUGCACAUUGGUUGAUGACGGCUCAUGCAUUAUUCACGCAAGGGAAUACGAUUGUUACUGCGUAUGAUACACUUGGUGAAGAAGGCUUGUUGCAUUCCAUGAACGAAACGGGUGUCGAAGCAAUUUACACCACUGGCGAAUUAUUGCCAACCGUUGCCAAGGUGAUUGACAAGUGCCCCACUUUGAAAUUUGUUGUCUUUCAAGGUGAAGCUUCUGCUGAUGCUAUUGAAAGCAUUCAAAAGAACAGCUCAUCGGUUCAGCGUAUCAUUUCAUUCGAUGAUCUUGCACGACUUGGCAAGGAACACAUGCGAGAUGCACGUCCUCCAGAACCUGAAGAUUUAUGCUGCAUCAUGUACACAUCGGGUAGUACGGGUAAUCCCAAAGGUGUCAUGUUGACUCACAAGAAUAUCGUGGCUGCCAUUGCUGCAUGUAACAAGAUCCUGGGUCAUUUGGUCAAUGAACGUGAUAGUAUGAUGGCCUAUCUCCCUCUUGCCCAUAUCCUCGAAUUUGUUGUAGAGAACCUAUGUAUAUUUUGGGGUGUUACCCUUGGUUACGCCUCUGUGCGUACAUUGACCGAUACCUCUGUGCGCAAUUGCAAGGGCGAUAUUCGUGAAUUCCGACCUACCAUCAUGACAGGUGUACCACAAGUGUGGGAAUCUAUUCGUAAAGGCGUACUUGCCAAAGUAAACGCCUUAUCACCCAAGGCUCAAGCCAUGUUUCACAAGGCAUUUGCUACCAAGCUCUGGCUCAUGGAACGUCAACUUCCCACAGGCUUUUUGGAUAAAACCAUCUUUGGCAAGAUCCGUGAUCAAGUGGGUGGUCGUUUAAGAUUUGCACUUUCGGGUGGUGCACCCGUAUCCAUCGAAACGCAACGUUUUCUUUCUGUGACGGUAUGUCCCAUUCUUGGUGGCUAUGGCAUGACUGAAAGUUGCGGCAUGUGCGGAAUUAUGGUGCCAGAGCAAUUUGGCUAUGGUCAUGUGGGUAGUCCUGUCCCAUGUUGUGAAAUUAAGCUUGUGGACGUACCAGAUGCAGGCUAUCGAUCGACAAACAGCCCCAAGCCGCAAGGUGAAGUAUGGGUUCGUGGACCUUCAAUCACUCAAGGCUAUUGGAAACGGGAGGAUCUUACACGUGAAACCAUCACCGAGGAUGGAUGGCUGCAAACGGGUGAUAUUGCCGAGUGGAACGAGAAUGGUACCUUGGCCAUUAUUGAUCGUAAAAAGAACCUUGUCAAGCUCAGCAAUGGUGAAUACAUUGCUUUGGAGAAACUCGAAUCCGUGUACAAGAGCUGCUUGUACGUCAACAAUAUCUGUGUGUAUGCCGAUCCAUUGCGUCCACGUGCUGUAGCCUUGGUGGUACCUGUCGAAAACACCGUGCGUGAUCUUGCCAAAGAACAUGGGCUUGAUAAAGCUGAAUGGGAAGACAUUUGCAGCAGCAAAGAUGUCCGACAAACUGUUCUCAAGGCCAUGACAAAGCAGGGUAAAGAAGCCAAUCUCAAAGCAGCCGAAUUGUUAUUCGAUGUGUAUCUUUGUCCUGAAGAAUGGACCAUUGAGUCGGGGCUUCUCACCGCCGCACAGAAAAUCAAGCGCCAAGAUAUCAAUCGUCGUUAUAAGGAUCAACUUGACACAAUGAACAAUGCACAAGCAUCUUGA